AUGCCUCCUCCUCAUACUGGAUUUGAAUUGACUCAUAAGCUACUUGGUUUGAUAAAGGAAUGGGGCAUAGAGAAGAAUAUGUUUACCAUUACUUUGGAUAAUGCAUCUGCAAAUGACUCUAUGGUUGGUGGUUUGAGAAGUCAAUUGAAUAUGCAAAAAUUGUUGUUACGUGAUGGGAAAUUUUUUCAUGUGCGUUGUUCUGCACACAUAUUGAAUUUGAUUGUUCAAGAUGAAGUAAAAGUUGCAAAUGAUGCCUUGUCUCGGAUUAGAGAGAGUGUUAAAUAUAUAAAAGGCUCAAAAUCAAGAAUGAUCAAAUUUAAGGAGUGCAUUGAACAAGUUGGUGGUGAGAAAACCGUAACUGCAUUGAUAGCAGAUGUACCCACUAGAUGGAAUUCCACUUAUGAAAUGCUUAAUCAUGCUCUCAAAUUCAGGCGUGAGUUAGCAAUUCUCCAAUUGAAUGAUAGAAAUUACAAGUAUUAUCCUUCAGAAGAAGAGUGGAAUAGGUUGGAAAUUCUUUGUCGGUUCUUGCAACCAUUUUGUGAUAUCGCUAAUUUGAUGUCUGGCACUUCUUAUCCUACUUCUAACUUGUAUUUUCUACAAGUUUGGAAAAUUCAGUGUGUUCUUAUUCGUAUGAGUAAUGAUGAAGAUGUGGUUAUAAGUAGCAUGGCUAAUAAGAUGAUGGAUAAGUUUCAAAAAUAUUGGGAAGAGUAUAGUGAUGUGCUUUCACUAGGAGCUGUUCUUGAUCCUCGCAUUAAGUUUACUACAUUAUCUUUUUGUCAUAAAAAGAUUGAUGCUUACACACAUGAUGACAAGAUGGAACAUAUAAAGGCAAACGUGUAUAAGCUCUUUGAGAAUUAUGUAAACAUUAAUUCAUCAACUACAAUUGAUCAAAGUCAAGAUAACAUUCACUCUUCAAGUCAAGGGUCAAUGGAAACGAGAUGA